CUGAGGUUUAGAAAAGGGAGGUUGUUCAUCGACUACUUAUGUGAGAACAGAGUCUUCUUACAUACCUUGUGUGAGAUCGUCUAUGGCUUUUUCCAAGUGUGCCUUAAAAACAGCUGUCAGUAUCUCAUUUGCAGUUGUAAUCUGUGGUUGUUCCUGGAAAAGGAAUCGUAGAGUUAUACCUUGUCCGCUAAACGACGAAGAAGGAAUCAUUAGUACAGAUUUCGCGACGGUUUCGAAUCAGCUAGAGCGAUGUGUAUGGUACUGACCUUCCUUAUUGUCCAUGUGGAGCAUCAAGUAUUGGUUGGAUUCAAGCAGUCGGGGCCUUUGGCAGGAAGUACGGUCACGUCCAAGCCUAAAAUGAAAAAAUGCGAGGCGGGCCUGUAGCUAAGUAGCCAGCCAUGUCGCAAUUAGGGACCAUUCGACGACGCGUGCAGGCCAUUUUCUUUGACAUUGGCCGUGCUCGCAACACAUGGGACGAACUCAACUCAGAUGCAUUCACAUUGGCUAAUGCUUUAGUCAAUGCAAAGAUCCAGCAACAGUACGCGGAAGAUACCUCGUACUGGCACCCGGCAUUGACUCAUGCUAUAAAGGAUAUCCGAGUGAGCUAUGAGCGGAAAAUGGAGACUACGAUCAUGGACAUUAAUGAAUCAUUGUCCAAAAUAACGGCCAAGAUGCAUGCACAACUUGUCAAAAUGGAAAACCUUGUCAAUCAGCUAAAAGAUACAUAUAAGCGCUUGGUGGACUUACAGGGAAAGCAAUUUGCUGACCACUCUCCACUGUAUGCAACAUGCCCAAUGUUAAAUUUUGUUGAACGUGCAAGCGACGUGUUGAUCAUGUACCAAUCAGAAUACAAAACAAAGAUGUCGUUGGUGUCAAGUGAGGGCCUGCGCAACUGUAAGAACAAUGACGAAGGAUUGGUGUUGCUCUCGGCAUGGCUUAAUCAACCCAGUCUAAGGACAAAAGACCUACAAGAUUUAGACGAGCUUUGCGACAUUGAAAUGGCGAUAAUGGAGUAACCUGGAGAUACUG